CAACUGAGUUGAAACAAAUCUAAAAAAUUCCUUUUCUUCCUCCCUGUGAGACAAGUCUUUGGCUGACUUUCUAUGCUAUAUGCCAUGUGCUAAUGUCAACAGAUUAUUCCAGCUGUGGCAGAAGAUAAUCUGCAUUGAAAAUAUAAUUUUUAAUCUGCAAUGUAAACUGACAGUAGGAAUCAUCAACCCAACACCAUUCCUAAUGUAAGAAAGCAAGGGAAAUUCUUCUAUCAAAAUGUGGAUGACCCAUUUCAGAGGCACUGGAUGACAGAAUUGCUGGAGUGCCUCAGUUUCCUGACCUGGGCUGUGAGAAAACACCGAGCUGGUCCAGCACAGCGUGAACAUCCCACACUCGGGGAACGAGGCCGUGUAACUUCAGAUGUCUGGGAGGAAGGCUGCCUGCCCUGCCAGCCCACUCAGCAGGAGAAACAGAGUGCAAGGAGCAAUGCCCACUGCUCCCUAAGAUGGAGCCAGCAGAGGAAAAAGACGCAGGAAACCACACCCUGCUGACUGAAUUUGUCCUCUCUGGAUUGUCCAGCCGCCCAGAACUUCAGCACGUGCUGUUCUUCACAAUCUGCUUCAUUUACAGCAUGACUCUCGUCGGGAACCUUCUCAUCUGCAUGCUCACAGUGCACCCCGCCCUCCACAUGCCCAUGUACUUCUUCCUCCGCGUCCUGUCCUUCCUGGAUAUUUCCACAGCCACGGUCGUUGUCCCCAAGAUGCUGGUGAUCCUCCUGUCAGAGGACAGGAGCAUCUCCUACCUGGGCUGCGUCACACAGCUCUACUGCGUGGUUUUCUUGGCGGCCACUGAGUGGUACCUGUUGGCAGCCAUGGCCUACGACCGCUACGUGGCCGUGUGCAGCCCCCUGAGGUACUCUGCCAUCAUGAGCACCAGAGCUUGCCUCUCCUUGGUGCUGCUCUCCUGCUGCAGCGGCAAAGUGGUGUCGGUGGUGCAGACAGCCUGGGUGUUCACCCUGUCCUUGUGCGGGCCCAGGAGGAUCAACUACUUCUUCUGUGACAUUCCGCCGCUCGUCGUGCUCUCCUGCACGGACACCUCGCGCUACGAGAAGCAGCUCAUCUCAGCCACGGUGCUCGUCAUCUUCACGCCCUUCUGCCUCAUCCUGCUGUCCUACACCUGCAUCAUCUCCAGCAUCCUGAAGAUUUCCUCUGCAGAGAGCAGACGCAAGGCGUUCUCCACCUGCUCCUCGCACCUUGCUGUUGUAACGUUGUACUGCGCGAGCGGCACUUUGAUUUACUUACAGCCGAAGUCCAGCAGUUCACAGGACGCUAAGAAAAUCCUUGCUCUCAUAUACACAACUGUCAUUCCCACGUUAAACCCCCUGAUUUACAGCCUGAGGAAUAAAGAAGUGAAAGAAGUACUAAUCAGAGCGAUGGCUGUGUUGAUGAAGAAAUAAAGAUUUUCUUGUCUAUGAAUGUGCGGGUUUAAAACCUUAUUUCCUUUUUUGGUGGGUUCUAAUGGCUUACUAGCUCAGGGGAAACUGCAGGCAUAAAGAUCUCUUUCACAGCUGUAAAUAUUUUGCCUUUAUUCUUUGUUUCAGAGGCAAACAUUUUAGAAUUUCUAUCUCAAUUUCUUCCUUAGGAGUACAAUAUCUACACACCAGAUAUUUCUCCUAAAGCAGAACACUUCCCAUAUCUAAUUUAAGUAUCCAGGUUGGAAUUUCUCAUUUCCAUUGCAAGAGUUCACCCUCUCACUGAAGAAAUAUUCUUUUAUAGUGAACUUUCCAGGCUAGGCAUACACUAAUUGACAGGGACUACAUGUUUUGCUUUGCCUUUUUUCUUCCUUGCUGUUUUCCGUUCCUUCCAGCAGAAAAGAGGUUCACUGAAUGAAAAGUGAUAAGGAAAUUAGUUCACUUCUUUCAGAGCCUUGUGUUUUUUAUUGAAGGUGUGGGGAAAGCAAAGGAAAGGAAGAUUAACUAUUGCUCAUUCCUUAUUUACAGCAAGAACUCGACAUUUAACACGGCGCAGCGCCCACGCCCUCCAAGCCCUGUGUGAGUCAUGGGAUAAGAGUGUUCUGCAAGUCUCAGCUGGAGAAAUUCAUCCAGGCAUGAAAAGAAGAGUUUCUGGAGGAUUAGCUGAUAUCUGCAGGGGCACACAGAGCAAAGGGCUGCUACAACUUAGGAGUAUUUAUUUGGGAGGGGUUUGAAGUUUAUUCUGGAUAGAACAGGUGCUCUGGCUCGGUGAAUAGCCCAGGCCUGAGCCUGCAAUAUUC